CGCGCGCGCUGCCAUUCUGAGGCAGGAGAGCGCUUUCGGCAUUCCCAGGAUGUGACGUCAAAGAGUCUAAAUAACGGCUUCGAGGCUGGAGCUCGGCAUUCCCUUUCCCCUCUCCCCCGGAUGUGACGCAAUAGAGCAGCCAGACCAAAGGAGUGGGCGGAGUCAACACAAGGAGGAAUAGAGGCGGCCCAGAAGAGAUGCCCUAGAGUGCCGCCGGAAGUCCACCAGGGGCUGCCGUCAUGAAGGCGAAGGCACCGGAAAGGGAAGAAGCCAAGCGCCGGGAAGGAAGAGGGCGGGUCAGAGCCACGGCUUUGAAAUAGGAAGCGCGAGAGGAGUAGGCAGAGAUCCAGUUCCCAGGGGCUCCGGGCAGCCAUGGCCUACGCCUACCUGUUCAAAUACAUCGUCAUCGGGGACUCGGGUGUUGGGAAAUCAUGCCUCUUGUUGCAGUUCACCGAUAAACGGUUCCUAUCUUCCCAUAACUUGACAGUUGGCGUGGAAUUCGGAUCGCGUAUGAUCACCAUAAAUGACAAAAAGAUUAAGCUGCAGAUUUGGGACACGGCUGGACAGGAAUCAUUCCGUUCCAUCGCCCGCUCAUACUACAGAGGAGCAGCUGGGGCAUUGCUGGUUUAUGACAUUACCAAGAGGGACACUUUUAACCACUUGCAAUCCUGGUUGGAGGAUACCCGGAAAAACUCCAGCUCUCAUAUAGUGAUUGUGCUGAUCGGCAAUAAAAGUGAUCUGGAGAACCAGCGUGUUGUACAGAAGGAAGAAGGGGAAGCUUUUGCCCGGGAACAUGGUAUGGUUUUCUUGGAGACCUCAGCGAGGACAGCAACCAAUGUGGAAGAGGCCUUUCUCUGCAUUGCAAAAGGCAUCUACAGAAAGAUCCUGCAGGGCCAGUUUGAUCUUUCCAGUGAGGGAAGCGGCGUCAAGAUCGGACCCCAGCCAUCCUCCGUCAGAACAGGUGGAUCCACCGCCCGCUCAGGGUCUCAAGGCUCUGGAGACCGACUGGGAUGCUGCUGAGUUCCCUGAAAUCUAGCCAGAGCUAUUAAGGCAUGGGAGUGCACAGAUUAUGUUUCUUCGCAUUGUACUGGGGCAGGGGAAUUCCUGGACCAAGCCCUGUUGCAACCUACCUCUUCCCUCUACGUGUGAGGAUUGGGAGCAUCCUGGACCAAGAUUUGUCUCUGGGCAUCAGCAAUGUAUAAUGCGUUCCAGAACCUGUGGGCUUUAAGUUCACCUCCUGGCAUUCCUAAAGGGGGAAAGGCACUUCCCUCACUCUGUGCUUUUCUUUGGCGUCACUGAACCCUGGGAAAUCUGCUCACCUUUUCUACCCCAGGUUUACAUUGCUUUCCUUCAUAUUAAAUGUUUUUGUGUUCAACUUUCUCCAGAA